AAAGUUAAAUUUUGUUGUUUCUUUCUUUGAUAUUUCCUUCCAUGAAAGGUUAGGUUCUGGUGGUUGGGAAAUAACGGGGCUUUGCUUCUAAGUUAGGCAUCAUGUUUUGACAAAUCUGCCCAUGUUUCAGAUUAUCAAUCUUUUCUACAGUUGAGCACAAUAAUGCAUUGAUUAGUUUGAUUUCUUACCUUUCUGAUUCAGACCACAUGAUUCCUGUUCUCAUUUAAGUUCCAAAUCCUUCCCAAGGACACAGCAAUCCAUCAAGGCAAAUGGGUGCCGGGAAAAAUGUGAAAUUUAACGUUUUUUCGUAUACAAACUACAUCUUUGGUGGGUGUGUAGGAGCGAGUCCAAAGCACUUGAGCUCAGACGGGAACGACACUGGAAGUUUGGGCAGCAAGGCUUCGUCCAUGUCGGUUCGCCCUACUCCGCGAACAGAGGGUGAGAUCUUACAGUCACCAAACCUCAAGAGUUUCAGCUUCUCAGAGCUCAAAACCGCGACCAGGAAUUUCAGACCGGACAGUGUGCUCGGGGAAGGAGGUUUCGGUUGCGUUUUCAAAGGAUGGAUCGAUGAGCAAACCCUCACCGCCACAAAACCGGGCACUGGUACGGUUAUUGCCGUCAAAAGGCUUAACCAAGAUGGUUGGCAAGGUCACAAGGAGUGGUUGGCUGAAGUGAAUUACUUGGGGCAGUUUUCUCAUCCUCAUCUCGUGAAGCUGAUCGGUUACUGCCUGGAGGAUGAGCAUCGACUUCUUGUCUACGAGUUCAUGCCUCGGGGAAGCUUGGAAAAUCAUCUUUUCAGGAGGGGUUCAUAUUUCCAGUCCUUGUCUUGGAGUCUCCGGUUGAAAGUGGCUCUCGGUGCUGCAAAAGGCCUUGCUUUUCUUCACUGUGCUGAGACAAGAGUGAUAUACCGCGACUUCAAGACUUCAAACAUCCUUCUUGACUCGGACUACAUUGCCAAGCUUUCUGAUUUUGGAUUGGCCAAGGAUGGGCCAACAGGCGAUAAAAGUCACGUCUCUACCCGGGUCAUGGGUACCUACGGUUAUGCAGCUCCAGAAUACCUCGCGACUGGUCAUCUGACAACCAAGAGCGAUGUCUAUAGCUUUGGGGUUGUUCUUUUGGAGAUGUUGUCUGGACGGCGAGCUGUUGACAAGAACCGGCCAGCCGGAGAGCACAAUCUCGUGGAGUGGGCCAAACCAUAUCUUGCCAACAAAAGAAAGAUGUUCCGGGUUAUCGACAGCCGUCUUCAAGAUCAGUACUCCAUGGAAGAAGUAUAUAAGGCAGCUACUCUGGCGCUGAGAUGCCUAUCCACUGAAGUUAAGCUCAGACCAAACAUGAAAGAUGUUGUCUCGCAACUGGAACAGAUCCGAGCUCUUAAUGCCUCCAGUGGAAAUCCCGAGAGAAGGGAGAGGAGAGCACGUCGGAGAAGCACAGACAGCGUUAUCACCAAGAAAGCAAAGGUUGGCUAUUUUGCUCAGCCGUCUCCCAUGGCUGCUUCCGUUGCCGCUUAUCCUCGCCCAUCUGCUUCGCCGCUGCAUUUCUGACAAACAUAAAAACAUGCGGAUCAGUGUUCUUGGUGAAACCAUUGCAAGGUGUUUAGGGUUUCCUAAUCUUGUAUAGUUUUUUUGUCUAUUAAUGCAUCCGAGAGAUUGUGAAGAUUCAUUAGCUUAAGCGUAAAUCUACUUUCCCGCCUUCAUGAACA